AUGCCAUACAACACUCGCCGCAAAUCCUUGUCUCUGCCUUCGCUGGGCAUCCACGUUCCAGGGAGCCAUUCAAGUCGCAGUUCGGCCACCGCCGCCCCGAGUCGAAGCAAUUCCGAGAAUGGGGGGAACCGCGUAACGAUUACAUCGACAACAGUAGCGCGCCCGAACAAGAGACAAAAACGCUCGCAUGGGGAGACAUCACAAAAGCGUCCCGGGGACGCUGUUUUCGAUCAUACGCCACCGCCGUCUCCGACAAUAAGUAAUGUCGAGAUGCAAGAAGCCCACAGCGACUCCGAAUUUGCCACUCACACGAAAAUCGAGGGAAUCAACGACGAGAUUGUAGAAGCUACCAUUGCCCAAUUACAGGCCACCUGUAACCGACCUCAUCUGGUGCGAGAGCUGGCAACUGUGCUUUCGCAGCAGAUUCCAAUUGUCAAGAACUCCGCAAAUCCCUGCGCCAUUGUUUCCUCCCGCCUCUCCGCCUACCUGAAGCGGUCCUGUUGGAGCGGCCGGACACCUUGCCCGAUGGCUAAGGAACUCGAGAAGAUACACCCGCGCCGGACAUAUUUCUUUCUCACAACGCGCCCAAGACAGCCCUUUCCAGAUUCACCAGCCUUCGCUCAGCGCGCCGUCAUUUCUCCGUCUCUAUCUAGCAUCGCAUCUGGAUCCGACGAUGGUGACGACAUCGAUCUUCGCCGGCGGGAUCUAAGUCCGUCCCCUGAGGUCGAUCUUUCCUCUCCUGAAUUUGAUGAUGGUGACGAAGACCUUGCCAUGCCUACUACGCCCGUUGGGUCACUACCAAGCAGUUUUCGGUACACGAGAAGCCAUCGCAGCGCCUCCCCCCCUCUGGAGAAGGAUGAACGAGAGUUUACCCAGACGGCCGACGGUCUGCAGAAACGCAAGCUCGCUCGCGAAAUGUCUUUGACAGGCAAUGGCGAACAGUCUGCCAAUGCCUAUGAACCGGUACGGGAUGAUGGCAUGUUCGACGAGAAAAACAGUGUGGCCGUGAACAGCGGAUUGGCAUCCAUGCAUCAAUUCAUCACGAGCCCAGCCUUUAAGGCAACCGUCCCGACGAGCGCCAGAAAGGAAACUGACGGCGACAGCUGGUUCAAGCUGGGGGGUCUCCUAGAAUGGGAUCAUAGCCCUGAAACCAUUGAACUUGACGAGCUUGACUGUUUGCUGGACUCUUGUUAA